CGCUCUCCCAUUGGUGCAUUUUUCACCGGAAGCGCGCCGACCAGGUGGUGCAGACAUGGCAGAAGCACUUCGCGAGCACGUCGCAGGAUCGCAAGUUACCACUGCUGUACCUCGCGAACGACAUUCUGCAGAACAGCCGCAAGAAGGGCCCCGAGUUCAUCCAGGAGUUCUGGCAGGUGCUGCCCUCCGCUCUCCAGGACCUCGUGCGCGUCGGCCCUGACAGCACGCGCAAGUCCACCCUCCGCAUCGUGGACAUAUGGGAGGAGCGCAAGGUGUUUGGGCAGCGCGACGAGCCGCUGAGGAAGCUGCUGCUGGGCGAUCUCGCCACCGCGCCGCCCGCCACGUCAGCCGCCGCUCCGGCGGACGAGCAGCCAGCCGCGGGAGCCGCUUCCACGGCCAAGGUGCGGGGGCCACUGGAGCGCAUAUCAUCGGUGUACGGAGCAGUGCAGGACGCAAGCAAGGACGAGGACACGGCGGUGCGGCGGUGCAGUGCGAUCAUCAACGAGCUGCAGACCAUUGAGAAGGAGCUCACUGCGCUCAAGUCGCCUGCUAAUGCGUCUGAGGCUGACGAGAGGGCGGUGGUGUUGGAUAGGCUGGACACCAAGCGCCACGUGCUGCAGCAGUGCUGCGACCAGAUGGCGGCGUGUGAGAGGAAGCGAGCGCUGCUGGUGAAGCUGCUCACAGACGCGCUCAGGACGCAGGAGAGCAAGCUGGAGCGCCUGAGGUCACAGGUGGAGAUUGCACGCACGCAGUCGGAAAUAGCAGCCAACUUGCGCAAGCGAGCCACGGAGGAGGACGCUGCUCGCGCCUCUGCUGGCCUCACUGCUGCAGCCAACCCCUCCGCUGUUGCCCCUGCCACCACUGCUGCUGCACCAUCCGCCCCAGCAUUCUUCCCAGCCCCUGCAACAGCAGCGGCCCCUGCCGCUACAGCUGCACCUGCACCAGCGUUCGUUUUCCCCGGGUUCCAACCUCCCCCAGGCACGCCUCCUGAGAUGCGGGAGGCUCGGCGGAAGCGGGCGGCGGAGCUGACAAGCCAGCUGGUUGCUUCGGCAUCAUCUGCCGCGAUUUUGAAAUCCGUUCUCUCGUCGUUUGCGGCUGGGCAAUCAGUAGCAGCAGGAGCCGCCGCUGCUGCUGCUCCGGCUGACGCUGCUGGUGCAGAUGGUGGGGGGGAUGGUGGUGGUGGCGGUGGGGGAGGAGGUGCAAACGACCCUUCUCAGCCACCAGAGAAGCGGCUACGACCCACUGAUACAAGCACACCGCCUCUGUCACACUCGUUUGCUGCUCCUCCCGCCACUGCCACUGCCUUUGCUUCCCUGAACCAUGCAAUGUUCCCCCCGCCCCCACCCCCACUGAACAUGGAUGGCAUGCCCUUCCCCCCCUUGCCCCCUCCUCCCCCUCUCCCUACUCAAUCCCCUCCUCCCCAACAGACCUCUGCCAUGCCUCAGUAUUCUCUCGCCCCCCCUCCCCCUCCCUACACUGCCUAUCCUCCCAAUGCUGCCACUGGCGCUCCCCCCCCUGCUUAUACACCUCCGCCAUUCGCGCUCGUUUUCCGCUUCCCCACAUGCCGGCGGGCGCUUGUGCCGCUGCCGCUGUCGCUGACCUCGCCAUUUGCAGGCGAUCGUUGUGCGACAGCAGAAGGUCGCUCAGUCGUCGUCGCGCGCUGUUUCCUCCGCCUCCCUCCGGCGUCCGCGCGUCCACCCGCGCUACUCGCCGCGCCCGUUCCUUCCGAACCAGCUCGCCGCGCGCCUAGUUUUCCCCACGGCCGCGCCCGCGCCCGCGCAUUGCGCCUCCCCCGCGCCGCUAUGCAAUCAUCCCGCGCGGGAGCUUCUGCUGGGAAUGGCGGGGAGGGCGGAAGCGCGGCGAGACCGGGGGUUGACGGAACCAGUGGUGUGGCGGCGGCCGCCAGCAGUGGCGGCGGUGGCGGCUCGAGCGAGUGGGCGGGCUCGGUGUGGACCGCGCAGGAGAUUGCUGACGUGGCAGGCGGCGCCGCCGUCAGGGACGGCCCGCCGGGGCGCGUCUGCACUGACACGCGCCAGCUGGCGCCCGGCGAUUGGUUCCUGGCUCUGCGAGGUCCGCACUUCGACGGCGCGGAUUUCCUGGAAGAGGCGGCGCGGAGGGGGUGCGGGGGGGCGGUUGUUGUGGUGGACGGAUGGGGGGAAAGGGGGGAUGCGGGGAAUGGGGGGAAUGCGCCAGAGGGGGGCGGCGGAAGGGAGAGCGGGAAUGGGGAAGAGGGGGAAUGCGCGGAAGAGGGGUUAAGAGAAGAAAAGGGAGCAAGGGAACCAAACUUGCCUCCGAACCUGCUGCCAGAGGGGUGGCAGGGCGGGUUGGUGGUGGUGCCAGACACGCUCGGCGCGCUGCAAGGCUUGGCGAGGGAGGCUCGGCGGAGGUUCGGCGGCGUGGUGGUGGGGGUGACAGGCAGCGUGGGGAAGACGACGGCGCGGGCUUUAACUGCCCUCGCGCUCUCGCCCCUGGGGGCCGUGCACCAGACUCAGGGCAAUCUGAACAACCACAUAGGAGUGCCGCUCACUCUCUUAGCUCUCCCCCAGGCGGCAGCAGCGUGUGUGGUGGAGAUGGGAAUGAGUGCUCGAGGCGAAAUCGCCCUCCUCUCCACCAUCGCCGCUCCCUCCAUCCGCCUGCUUCUCAACGUGGGCCCCGCUCACGUCGGCGACCCCACACUAGGGUCUUUGGAGGCGAUAGCAGAGGCCAAGGGGGAGAUGCUGGCGGAUGCGAGGCCAGGAGACGUGUGUGUGGUGAAUGGGGACGACAGGCUUGUCAUGGGGCUGCCCAUAAAGAAAGGAGACAGACGGGCCAUGGCAGAGGGCAAGGGGGAGAUGCUGGCAGAUGCGCGGAAUGGAGAGGUGUGCGUGGUGAAUGGGAUCACCUUUGGCCGCUCCCCCACCUGCAAUGUGCGGCUGCUGAGGGCGUCACCUUUGGCCGCUUCCCCGGCUGUGACGUGCAGCUGCUGUGGGCGCGCGCAGUGGAUGGCGGCAUGGCUUUUGAAGCAUUGCAACCUGGCACGCACAGGAGGAGGAGGAGGAGCAGCCGCACUACUGCCACGCCCAAUUCCUUCCUCCCACACCCUUCUACCCACCCGUGUGUCCCUGCAGAUCACAUUCGGUCGCUCACCGGCCUGCGACGUGCAGCUGCUGUGGGCGCGGGCAGUGGAUGGCGGCAUGGCGGUUGAAGCUGCCAUUCGCAAUAACCUGCCUUGCACAGGAGGAGGAGCUGCAGCAGAGGCAGGAGUGACUAUGGCAUUGCGUUGCGGCAAGCAGGAGGAGGAGAAUGAAAGUGCUGUUCCCAGCAGCAGUGCGCUGCUAAGUGCUGGAACUAUUUCUGAGUCGAGUCAGAAAUCGCAGAGCACUGGAGCUCUGCAUCUGUAUGCUAAUAGAGACAAUGAGGACACAGGGCGUGUGCAUGGGGACGAGAGUGAUGCCGAGAGCGGGGUGUGUGUGCGGAUUAACAGCCCCGGGCUGCAUCUGGCUGACAACGCUCUUGCAGCAGCAGCCGUGGCGGUGGCGGCAGGCGUGCCCCUGCCAAUGGCGGCGCGACACAUGGCGCGAUUCGAGCCCGUCGGGAUGAGGAUGAGGGUCGAGCGGAUACGGAGGAGAGGAGAGGCGGGAGAGGAGGGCAAGAGGAGCGAAGGGAAGGGAGAGGGACACGAGGGAAAUGGUGUGACUGUACUGAAUGAUGCUUAUAACGCCAAUCCAAUCAGUGUUGCUUCGGCUCUUCACCUUCUGCAUCAGCUCUCACUGGAAUCGACUGCCUCCUCCUCCACUCGCGCCUCCUCCCUCCCCUCCCUCCCCUCCCUCUCCUCCGCUCCCUCCCUUCUGCAUCAGCUCUCACUGGAAUCAAUUGACUCCUCCGCCACCUGCUCUUCCUCCGCGACUGCCGCCUCCUCUCCACCAGUCUCAGGCCGCCAUGUGGCAGUGCUGGGUGACAUGCUGGAGCUGGGCAGCCAAUCAGAGAGCGCACACGUGGACGCGCUCUCUCUCUGCCUCUCCCUCUCGGGAAUCUCUCUUGUUCUGACAGCUGGUGCGUCCUUCAAGUCCGCCCUGGGGAAAAUGGUGCAAAGGAGAGUGAGGGGUGGUGCAGAGAAAGGAGUGGAGGGGGGUGAGGAUGGGAGCUGCAGUAAUGAAGAUGAUAGAGACAGUGGGGAGUGGAAAAGCGGCCGUCUGCACUGUUUUUUGGAAGACGGUGGGGAGAGGCGCUUGGAGGUGCAUGCGUUUGAGUCGGCACAAGACCUUGCAGAGGCAGUAGCGUUAUCUGCAUGCACUGGAGAGUCACUCCUUGAAGCGCCUAAAGAAGCGGUGGAUAUGGUUUCGUUUCUCGCUCCCCAGCGCACAUCCCUCUCCGCCAAGCCCCUCUCCGCCUCUUCCCCGCAUCAACGCCUUCUGCGAAGGCCCGCGCAGCCUGUAGCCGCCGUCGCGGCGGAAACCGCCUCCGCGGAAGACGAUUCCGCGGACGUCCCCCCGCCGGGAUGCUCGCGGAUCAAAAUCGAGCUCACGCGCCCGCUGGGGCUGGUCCUAGAGGAGCGCGCGGGGGGGAUUUUCGUGGUGGAGGUAGCGCGCGGGGGGAACGCGGAGGCAACGGGGCUGGUGGACGCGGGCGACCAGCUGAUUGCGACGAGUGCGAUCGUGUUCGACGACAGCGACUCGUACGGCGGGGUUGUCGUGAAGAAGGGCAUGCGGAUCGUACGGUUCAACGUUCGCGGCGAGAAGUUUGACACGGUCAUGGCUGCAAUCGGGACACAUCCGUCGUAUCUCAAGGUCGCCAUAGAGCUGCAGAAGUGCAAGCCGCUCACCAGGGAUCCCUCCACCUCGUAG